GAAAAAACUUGACUGACCACGUCCGUCAACGCACUCACCUGAGAGGUCUCACGUCAAGUCAUGCACCAGGGGAUGAAGGGAGAGAGAGGGAGAGGAACAAACAAGGGCAGCCGGACAGCCAGGCAUCGAGUGUGUCCAUCCAUCCAUCCAUCCAUCCAUCUUUCCGCCCUAGGGAAAAGGCACAUUGUGAGAGGCCUUAAACCGCACCGCACCGCACCGCACCGCACCCCGGCACACACAGCUAGGUCUAGGACAAAACCAUACGCACCAUCUACGCCAGCCGUCCAUUCAUUCAUCAUCGGCACGCGAAAAACACUCAAAAAGGUCGUUUGCCGCUAUGCAAAGCACCUCUGCGUGUAUGUGUUUUGUAUAUGUAGAAAAGCAAUUGAGGCGAUCGAUAGCGCGGUGCGUACGGACAGUACAGACGACUCCGCCCUCACUAACGUACUCACUCAUCCACUCAUCCACUCAUUUCAGUGAUCGAAUCGAGUGGUCUCACCUCAGCCGACAACUACUGAGCCACCCAUACACCCAGCCGGCCACGCAGUCGCUGCUAUGCUAUGCACCAAUGUUGCCUGCCUGUCACUUUUGUGAGAGUGGUGUGAAUGUGAGUGACACGUAUGGGUAGUACUCGCCGCCCUCCAUCUCGUGACCCUCCGCACCACCAGCGCCACCUGGAGACACACACUCACACUCACACUCACGCACGCGCCACCAUACCAGACAGGAAGUGUCUGUCUGGGUGUGGCUCACAUGACUAAGUACGCACCUGCGUAUGAUUUGCCGAAUGAGCCCGAGGAGGUGAAGAGUGUCUCGAGCUCCUGACGCAACCUCUUCUCGUUGCGGCCCGUCGGCUGCAGUCAUUGCAAUACACACAGAUAAAGACACACCACGACAGACAGACAUGCUUCAUGUGAUGUGCAUUAGUCUGUGUGGUUUGUGUGGCGCACUGCAGGCCGUGUGUGUGUUGUGUUUACCAUGAGAAAGAAGGCCGCGAUCUUUGGUGGCAGACCGAACCGCAACACCGCCUCGACAAACACUCUGCAUACACCAGUCCACGCACGGAGCGUCCCCGACACACGCAUGUGUGCCUGCCUGCCUGCCUGCCUCUUAAAAUAGGUAGGUACCUUAUUGCCUUGAGGUGAACCCAUGCAAUGAAGACAUCUGAGAAGUUCGCCUCACACACGCGCUUCAGAAACGACUGCACCAAGCAACCACACACACACACAGAGAGAGAGAGAGAGACGUCUGGUGUGACUGGUGGACGGGAGGAUGCCUGAAUGGAGUGUGCGCGUGUGUGCAUCGCAAUGGUGCGUGCCUCGUUUUUCUUGAGUUCUUGUUCGAUGCGCGCCCGUUCGGUCUUGCGGUGGUUGUACGCCUCGACGGAAUAGGUGAAGUCGCGCACUAUAAACCUGACGCAAACAAACACACAGCACACGAACGAAGAUGGCAAAUGGAGAGGGACUGUGCGUGGCGGACUUUCCCCUCCCUCUCUCCCUCUCUUCACCCCUAUAUAUUCACUUAUUUACCUGUUUUGUCUGGCGGUCGACUUGAAGUCCUCGGCGCUCUUCUUCAUGACGACAACACGCCACAGCGUGUUGCCCUCGCGAUCCUCAGGCGGCAGCUUCCUGCACACACAUUGGCCACCCACACACAUACACAUACACAUGGAUGGAUGGAUGGAUCCCUCUUGCUGUGCCAAGUUGCCUCCUUUCGCGACUGACUGUGAAGAUCUCGGCACGACGUGUUCGUCGAGGCCUUCGUACUUCUCCAGCCACUCCUUGUCCUGACCCCUGCAGGCACACACGCAGAGACGUACACACGUAUCUUGAUCUGAUCUGAUCUGAUGUGUGUGCUGAGUGUGUUCGUUGAUUGACAGACCUUGGCACGACGACCACGAGUGUGGUGAGGUACUCUGACUCGAUAAAGUCGCUCUCCUUGACCACCUCGGGCGUCAACACGUCGAUCAGGUCACGCUGCGACAGGUUGCCACUGAUCGACACGCAAACACAACAACACACGGACACCAACAAACACACACACACGGUAGGUACCGUGAGUGUGCGGACAUCGAUCUCCAUCCAUCCAUCCAUCCAUCUGUCUGUUCCUGAUUCCUGAGUGCGCACCCCUCCUUCUUGGCGACUUGUGAGGCCUGUUGUUUGAGGUCGUUGAAGGCCGCAGACUUGAGACGCAGCUCCUCGUCUAUCUUGCCCACAGACUGACAGACAGGGGGCGGGGCGGGGGGGAAUCACAUGCAUCGCACACCACACCACACAGCCCGGGACACUUGUAUGAGUGUGUGUGGGUCCCUCCUUGUCUCUCUCUGUCCAUGUGGGUCGGUACUGCUAGUAUGAGUUGGAUGAGUUCGGUGACGUGUGUCUUCUUGGGGAACUUGGCCUCGUCCCACACAAAACGACGCAAAUAGUCGUCAACAGUCGCUGAUCACACACACACACACACACACGCGGACGCCACACACACACGUGUCACAUAGAUGGUAUCCUCCCAUCAUUGCCGCGUACCAGUGGUUCGUUGUGCCAUGAUUUUGAAUUGUGUGUUUGGGUCGAUUUCGAGCAGCUGCCGCUCCACCCGCCUCAGGACGCUCUCCGCCAUGGUGUCGUGCUUGGCCAACUCGUCCACCACCUUGAUCAAACUAUCAAACGUACCCACCUGCACAACCACAAAGAAACACACACAGAGAGACCCAUGCACACACACAUGCAUUGCCCUGCCCUUGUGUUGUGUGCUGGCUGGCUCCUCUGUGUGUGUCUUUGUGUGUCUGCCCGGUGCCUUGCGUCACCUUGAGUGAGUCGGGGACGUCGAGGACGAAAAGGUCUGAUGCGAGUUGUGGGACGAUUCUGCUCUUGAGUACGCUGAAGAUGGAGUCGCGGCUCUCAUCCUUGGAACUGCACGCAACUAUCCAAAACGACAUCGGUCAAGUGGGAGGGACUCUGCUGAUUGAUGAGGAGGGAGAGGGACGGAGGAUGGGUGAGGAGAUGAGUUGGACGCCAGGGGCUCUUGGAAGGCCGCUGAUCUGCAGGUGAGGCCGGUGAUCUACAGCUCCACAGGCCCUCUGGAGCAACCCGAU